CGAGCAAAGCUGCGCUGCCUCACAUGGACCCGAGACUUUAACAUCACAUCAAGACUCUCUCAACAGUUCCCUUUUGGAAAGACAAAAGAGAAGUUUGAUCAGGUGGAGCAACACGCCAAAUAUCUCUUCGAAAGGACCUUGCGUAUGUGUUUUAGGUGAAGCUGUAAGAGAGCGGCUGGUUUCUUUGCAAAAGACUUCUUAAGAGGAAUAAUGAGGAACAUUUGGAUAAUCCUGACACUUUCAGCAGCUGUAUGCUUGUCCAGCGACAAGGUACUGGUCUCUGGUCAGUCCCCUGCCUCAACUGAUGACAUCUAUUUGGAUGACCAGCAGUCUGGUGACUACCCUUUAGAUGAUGAUGACUUCACUUCUGGUUCAGGAUCAGGUUCAAGUGACACAGGUGAUGAUGAAGACACUUCCACGGUAAUUGUGCGGUACCCAGAAUUCAAAGAAGGGUCUACUCAGCAGCCUGUCUACAGCAGCAGCCCCAGCUCAGAGUCCUCCAUUUCCAAAGAGAUGGACAAAAUCAGCAUAGACCCAUUCAUUGAUUCAGAGCCAGAACCAGAGAUCUCUGGCUAUCAGACAGAAAAGCCCCAGGUCACUGUUGAAGCCACCAGCUCACCGAGUGUUGUACAAGAUGCUGACCCGCUUCAUGAGGUUCGCACAGAAAAUCUCUUCCAAAGGACAGAAGUGCUGGCAGCGGUUAUAGCCGGCGGAGUGAUUGGCUUCCUGUUUGCCAUCUUCCUCAUCCUCCUUCUGGUGUACCGUAUGAGAAAGAAGGACGAGGGGAGCUACGACCUUGGAGAGCGCAAGCAUCCCAACUCAGCCUAUCAGAAGGCUCCGAGUAAAGAGUUCUACGCCACAACCCCC